AUGUUCCCGAGUGUUCUGAUGCUGUGUUCUCCGUGCACUGUGUUCUCUCUGUUGGUUCUGCCCGUGCUACUACAGCUGCUGGACGCCAGGAGGACCAAGCACCUGCAGCUGACCAUCCAGGCGCUGCAGGAUGAGCUGAGGACCCAGAGGGAUCUGAACCACCUGCUGCAGGAGAGUGGCGGCCGCUCUGGGGAACACUACACCAACAUCGAGCUGACCGAGGAGAACUUUAGACGACUGCAGGCCGAGCACGACCGCCAGGCCAAAGAGCUCUUCCUCCUGAGGAAGACCUUGGAGGAGAUGGAGCUGCGGAUGGAGACCCAGAAGCAGACGCUGGGGGCCAGGGACGAGUCUAUCAAGAAGCUGCUGGAAAUGCUCCAGAGUAAGGGUCUGCCUGGGGGGCCAGGCAGGGUCAAUGAGGAGGAGGAGCAGGAGAGGGCCAGGCGCAUCGCUGAGGCCGAGGCACAGCUGGGACACCUGGAGGUCAUCUUGGAUCAGAAGGAGAAGGAGAACAUACACCUCCGAGAGGAACUGCACAGGAGAAACCAGAUGCACCAGGACCCUGGCAAAACCAAAGCCCUCCAGACCAUCAUAGAGAUGAAGGACACCAAGAUAGCGUCUCUGGAGCGCAACAUCAGGGACCUGGAGGAUGAGAUCCAGAUACUGAAGGCUAAUGGCUUGCUGAACACCGAGGACAGAGAGGAGGAGAUCAAACAGAUGGAGGUCUACAAGAACCACUCCAAGUUUAUGAAGACCAAGAUUGACCAGCUGAAGCAGGAGCUGUCCAAGAAGGAGUCUGAGCUGCUGGCCCUGCAGACCAAGCUGGAGACCCUGAACAACCAGAACUCAGACUGCAAACAGCAUAUAGAGGUUCUCAAAGAGUCCCUCACUGCCAAGGAGCAGCGCGCUGCCAUACUGCAGACAGAGGUGGACGCCCUGCGCCUGCGCCUGGAGGAGAAGGAGUCCUUCCUAAACAAGAAGACCAAGCAGCUGCAGGACCUGACGGAGGAAAAGGGUACGCUGGCCGGAGAGAUUCGAGACAUGAAGGACAUGCUGGAGGUCAAGGAGAGGAAGAUCAACGUCCUGCAGAAGAAGAUUGAGAAUCUGCAGGAGCAGCUGUGUGAUAAGGACAAGCAGCUGGGGAACCUGAAGGACAGGGUGAAGUCUCUACAGACUGACUCCAGUAACACUGACACUGCCCUGGCCACCCUGGAGGAGGCACUCUCUGAGAAGGAGCGGAUAAUAGAGAGACUGAAGGAGCAGAGAGCGAGGGAGGACAAUGAGAGGAUUGACGAGGUGGAGUCCUAUAAGAAGGAGAACAAGGACCUCAAGGAGAAAGUCAACACCCUCCAUAUGGAUUUAACAGAGAAGGAGUCCAGUCUCAUUGACCUGAAGGAGCAUGCCUCCUCCCUGGCCUCCUCCAGCCUGAAGAAAGAAUCCAAGCUCAAGUCUCUGGAGAUGGCCAUCGAGCAGAAGAAAGAGGAGUGUAGCAAGUUGGAGACACAGUUACAGAAGGCCCAUGAGGUCCAUGAGGUCCAGCAGGUGGGAGUGGGAGUGGGCUCCAGGGGGAACCCAGAGUAUGUGGAGCGGGAGCGGGAGCAGCGAGUCAAGGUCCUAGAGAAGGAGGUUUCCUACUACAAGGAGGAGUCUGGCAAGGCCCAGGCCGAGGUGGAUAGGCUACUAGCCAUCCUCCGAGAGGUGGAGACUGAGAAGAACAACAAGGAUAAGAAGAUUGCUGAGCUGGAAAGCCCCCCUCACCUUGCCCCUGUCCCUCGCCCUGGUUUCGGCCUUGGUUCCGGCCCUGGCUCCGUCCCUCGUCACGGUCCCGGUGGUAGAGCUCCCCCUGACCCGCUCCCCCCUGUGUCCGCUGCCCCCCAGCAGAUUGGGGGCAUGGUGUGGGACUUCCUGGGAAAGCAGACCAAGGAGCAGGUUACUAAGAAGGGGGGUCCCAACCUCAAACUGGGCGCCCAGGGGGAAAAGAAGCCUGGUCAGAUAAUGGGGGACCCUCGAAAAGACAACACCAUGGACCUUGGUCACCAUUUGAAGUUGGAGGAGAUGAUGAACACCCUAGAGAGAACUAAACAGGAGCUGGAUGCCACCAAGCAGCGCCUCUCGUCUACCCAGCAGUCCCUGCAGGAGAGGGACGGUCACCUGACCAACAUGAGACAGGAGCGCAGGAAACAGCUGGAGGAGAUCCUGGAGAUGAAACAACAGGCCCUGCUGGCAGCCAUCAGUGAGAAGGAUGCUAACAUCGCUCUGCUAGAGCUGUCUGCCUCUGGGAAGAAGAAGACCCAGGAAGAGGUUCUGGCUCUGAAGAGGGAGAAGGACAGAUUGAUGCACCAGCUAAAACAGCAGACACAGAGCAGGAUGAAGCUGAUGGCAGACAACUAUGAAGACGACCACUAUCCCAGCACCCACACCCACAACAACAACAACACCCCCACCCAGGACAGCAUCCUCACGGGCCUCCGCCACAGCAGCAGCACCCCCACCUCCAACAGCACCCACAGCAGCACCCUCACGGCCCCCUGCAGCAAGCCCCCCACCCCCAGCACCCACACCCCCAACACCCUCAGCAGCACCCCCAUCACCCUCCCCAUGCCCCGCAACAGACCAGGGCCUGCCAGAGGACCCCCCCAUGCCAGCCACCGCCCCUCCCACGACCAGGAUGACGAGGAGGGCAUUUGGGCAUGA